AACGAUCCGAAAAUAAACGAACGAGGAUUUAAACGUCACAAAAAGUUAGUUAGUUCCGCUGCGUCACUAAUGACACGUAUUCAAAAUGGCGGCCGCGGCUAUGGAGACGAGGUGGGCCCUGCUGCUGCUGCUGCUGCUUCCUGGGGUUCGGACCUUCUAUGUUCCUGGAGUUGCUCCUCAGGACUUUCAUGAGGGUGAUAAAGUAGAAAUUAAGGCUGUGAAGCUGACGAGCUCCCGUACACAGCUACCUUACGAGUACUACUCACUGCCUUUCUGUAAGCCAGACUCCGUUCAGUACAAAGCAGAAAACCUGGGUGAGGUGUUGCGUGGGGACCGUAUAGUAAACACCCUUUAUGGUGUCCAGAUGAGCAAAGACAAGAAGUGUGAGAUUGUGUGCAACAGAAAAAAGCUCCGAGUGGAGGAGAGCAAACUGAUAGCAGAGCGAAUCCAGGAAGAGUAUUAUAUUCACCUGAUUGCAGACAACCUCCCGGUGGCCACCAGGUUGGAUCUUUACCCCAACAGAGAAGCAGGGGAGGAGGAGCAGAGGAAGGACUUGAUGAAGGAUGACCAGUUUGACUUUGAACAUGGCUACAGACUGGGCUUCAUCGACAACAAUAAGUUCUACCUUCACAACCACCUGUCCUUCAUCCUGCACUUUCACAGGGAAAAGAUGGAGGAGGAAAAGGUUCACAACUACAGAGUGGUCCGCUUUGAGGUUGUGCCUCAGAGCGUGAGAGUAGAAGACCUCAAGGCUGCUGAAACCGAGAAAACCUGCACCUUGCCCGAGGCCAGCAGCUCUGCGCCCCUGGAGAUCGAUCCAACCAAAGAGAACGAGAUCCUCUUCACCUACUCGGUCCACUGGGAGGAGAGUGACGUGAAGUGGGCGUCUCGCUGGGACACGUACCUGACUAUGCGCGAUGUCCAGAUCCACUGGUUCUCCAUCGUCAACUCUGUGGUGGUCGUCUUCUUCCUGUCUGGCAUCCUGAGUAUGAUCAUCAUCAGGACCUUGAGGAAGGACAUCGCCAACUACAACAGAGAAGACGACAUCGAGGACACGAUGGAGGAGUCGGGAUGGAAGAACGUCCAUGGAGACGUGUUCAGACCACCUCAGUAUCCUAUGGUCCUCAGCUCUCUGCUGGGCUCUGGGAUCCAGCUGUUCUGCAUGGUUCUCAUCGUCAUCUUUGUUGCCAUGUUGGGGAUGUUGUCUCCGUCCAGCCGAGGAGCCCUGAUGACCACGGCGUGUUUCCUCUUCAUGUUUAUGGGGGUGUUUGGAGGUUUCUUUGCCGGCAGACUCUAUCGAACGCUGAAGGGUCACCGCUGGAGGAAAGGAGCCUUCUGUACAGCGACUCUGUAUCCUGGAGUGGUGUUUGGAAUCUGCUUCAUCCUGAACUGUUUCAUUUGGGGUGAACACUCCUCUGGAGCGGUUCCCUUCACCACCAUGCUGGCCCUGCUGUGCAUGUGGUUCGGGAUCUCCAUGCCGUUGGUCUACCUGGGAUAUUACUUUGGUUUCCGUAAGCAGCCGUACGACAACCCGGUCCGCACCAACCAGAUCCCUCGGCAGGUUCCAGAGCAGCGCUGGUACAUGAACAAGUUUGUGGGGAUCCUCAUGGCUGGGAUCCUUCCCUUUGGCGCCAUGUUCAUUGAACUCUUCUUCAUUUUCAGUGCCAUCUGGGAGAAUCAGUUCUAUUACCUGUUCGGUUUCCUGUUCCUGGUUUUCAUCAUCCUGGUGGUGUCCUGCUCCCAGAUCAGCAUUGUGAUGGUUUAUUUCCAGCUCUGUGCAGAGGACUACCGCUGGUGGUGGAGAACCUUCCUGGUGUCAGGAGGCUCUGCCUUCUACGUUCUUAUUUACGCUGUCUUCUACUUUAUCAACAAGCUGGACAUCGUGGAGUUCAUCCCCUCCCUCCUGUACUUCGGUUACACCACGCUGAUGGUUCUGACCUUCUGGCUGCUCACGGGAACCAUCGGGUUCUACGCCGCCUACAUGUUCAUCAGAAAAAUAUACGCCGCGGUCAAGAUCGACUGAUGCUGCUGCCGCUCCCAGUUGUCCUGUUUCUUCUCACUUUUUUUUUUGAAUCUGUAUUUUUUACUCUCUUUUUGUGUCCCACAAGCACGGACUUGUGCAGCAGGAACGGACUUGUGCAGCAGGAACGGACUUGUGCAGCAGGAACGGACUUGUGCAGCAGGAACGGACUUGUGCAGCAGGAACGGACUUGUGCAGCAGGAACGGACUUGUGCAGCAGGAACGGACUUGUGCAGCAGGAACGGACUUGUGCAGCAGGAACGGACUUGUGCAGCAGGAACGGGGCUUGUGUGGAGGUGCAAGACCACCACCUUCUGGCCACAUGCAGAUUUUCACCUGCUGUUUCUCCCUCCGUCUUUUCCUUUCAUCAGCUCGGAGACCGGGGGGGUCGGUCACCUGCUGGGACAGUUCUGGUCUUCUGCCCCCCCCCCCCCCACACACACACACACUCAGCGGGGCCAAGGCUUGUCAGACGGCUGUUUCUGCACAUUUUCUCUCGUGUCUAACUGAUGUAGCUGUUACUGCAUCGUUCUGUGUGACUCUGUUUGGUUUGUGACCAGGAAGCCGUUUUCUUCUAACUUCCUGUUUCCGAUGGUGUCUUCACUCUUGGUUUGGGUUCAGUCUUCACCGAUGACCUUCUGUUGACCUGAUGGAGAUUAUGCUGGGAACUUUUACAUAGUACCCAAAAAGGAUUCAUGAAUUUAGUUCGUUUUUUUAUCAUAGCUCCUGUGCCCUGAUGUGACCCCCCCCCCCCCCCCCCCCCCCCCCCAACAGACUAAAAUAUUCUCCUCCAAACGUCCGUUUGCUCUAGCGGGACCGGAUCUCGACCCAGUGGACACGAUGAGAGACCUGCAGCUGGGCCAAGCCACCGCCUGCAGAACUCUGGAGGCUGAAAGGUUUCUGUGGGCUGGGUUGGGGUCUGGAACGUCUCCACGGCUGUUUGCACACAUGAGCCCAGCGUGUGGACUCCUAGCAUGCACCAGGCUUCUGCAUGUGUGACGACGUCCUCCAACUGUCCCCACUUUCAGAGCUUUGCCCGCUUUUCCUUCAGGAACUUUACUGAAUUGAAUCCAGUUACUACGACUUGUGCCGUGCCCAUUUUUGAUGACUAGUGUAAUCUUUAACACUUUUGAUAAAAAUCUUGAAUGUAUGAAUGGUUUGUAGCUCUAAACAACCACAGUCUGGAAAACCCGUAUAGCUAAGUAAGCUAGUGGCAUUGGGGCAGUUUCUCCACACCGGCUGUUUAAAGGUGCGACAUGAAUGAUAAAAGCCUAAACUCUGAUCUGAUUGGCUGAUUCCCUAACGAACAGACCAGCCCUCAAUGUGCUAAACUAGGCUAGCAGCUUUGAGAAGCGUGCUUUUAUUUCGACGUUCAUCUCUAGGGACCUGUCAGCAGGGUUUCAGAGCAUUCACCUAUGACAGCUGGCUUUGUCUGGUGUUUGCACAUUAGCUGGAGCAUUUGGGUCCAAACAUCUCCAUUAUAAGCACUCGGACAAGCCCGGUCUGGUUCUGAUAACUGGGUCGGUUCUAGGACGUUGUGGCGGUUGAGACUGACAGACAGAAUGUUGGGUAUCACGCUCCUGUUCGAUGUAGGGUUUAAAGAAGUGCUUUACUGGAUUUGUGGUGGGCAGCACCGAGGGAAGGGCCAUCCAGCUGCUGCGGUCUGGAGAGGCCGGAUCUGUGUACAUUUGAGGUUUUCCAUGUAAAUAACCGAAACAGCUUUGUAUUUGUUGCGUUUUGCUGUUUGUGGCGCGCUCUGUAAUGAUUCCUGUCAUUGUCCUAGCCAAAAGCAUGAAGCUCACGAGGACCUUCAGGGCAAGUUUUUCAUCUUUUGUUUGACGGAUGCUCUCCAGUUACCUGAUGUACAAAGACAAAACAAUAAAGUGAUGAAGGUG